GGAUGGGAAUUCAAAGUUAAAAGUGAGCAUGGAAGAAAGGUUUACACGACUAGAAAACGCAAUCGUAAGGCGAGAACCUGCGCGGGCUAAGAUACAAAGGGUAGCACAUCAUCUGGUUCGUGAUGGAAUGCAUUACGAGAAGCACUACUCACCCAGACUCAUGUCAUUGGGUCCCAUCCAUCACGGUGCUCCGAAACUGCAGCUAGGGGAGCAGUUCAAGCAAAUGUGGGCUGCAAUGUACAUCAGGAGCACUGGACAAGCCCCACAAAGUCUACACGGAAGGGUUUUAGAUAACAUGGAAGAGGUGAUGAAGCUGUUCGCCACGGAUCUUUUUACCACUUUCUCAAACUUUUCUGAUCAAGGCUUCGGUAGCAUGAAAGAAAUGAUAUGUUGGACGCUGUUUGUGGACGCCUGUGCCUUGCUACAAAUAUUGGAAAACGCCGAACUUGGCGAAGCGUACAAAAUGAAUGUUAAGGUUGAGCAACUGAAUCUUGUGGUGCAGGAUGUGAUUUUGUUAGAGAACCAGCUUCCGUUCCCGUUGCUGAAGCUUCUAUGGAGAGACACCGACGAGAGCUCGUUGAUCCCAAUCAUGAAAAAAUUUCUGCGCUAUUAUUGGGACGCUAGAACAGAAGAAUGGGAGAUAAUGCGUAUCGAGCCACCUACUCAUCUUCUCGAUCUUCUGCGCUCCAUCAUGCUGCCUGAAUCACGUCAUCCUGAUAACAGGGACAGCAUAAUCUAUUUUCAUAGCAAAUUCUUGGGGAAAAUGUUAAUACACAGGAACAUAAUGGAGUUGAAAGCGGCAGGGAUUGAAGUGAAGUCAAGCAACACACCUUGGCCAGGUGACAUAAGAUUUUCCCUUGGUUGGCUUCGUUCAAAAUUGGUUCUUCCAGAGAUCGUUGUGAAUGAAACUACAGCUGCUAAUUUACUUAACUUGAUAGCGUAUGAGAUGUGUCCUGAUUUUGAGAAUAACUAUGAGAUUAACGAUUUUGUCUCCUUCUUGGACACACUGAUAAACCACCCUGAUGAUGUCAAGGCAUUGAGAUCAGAACAAAUUGUGCUUAACUAUCUAGGGAGCGAUGAGGAAGUGGUGAACCUUUUCACUACCAUAAGCUAUAACUUGGCUCAUGACAUGGGGAAUUAUUUUAUUACCAGAAAUCAUAUUGCUAUGCAUUUCGUCCAUAAAACUUUACCGACAUGGUUAGCUCUUGGGUAUCAUACUUAUUUCAGCAACCCUUGGGCAAUCAUUGCCUUCCUCGCCGCAGUUAUGGGUCUUUCCCUCACUUUUAUCCAAACUUGGUAUGCCAUUCACCCACCAAAAUAGCUACUCAUCAUGGCCUUGCCUAAUAUAAUAGUAAUAAUUGAUAAUUGAUGUAAUUAAAGGUGAUUAAUGUUGAAUCUUGAAACGUGGCAAGAUGAUGUGUUAUAAGU